GGAGGCAAACUUCGUCCCUGACGCGCGUAUUUAUCACCUGGCAAUAUUUUAACUACCUGUUUUGUGAUUUAUUUUCACGUUUUUGUUUGUAUGAAUAAUCUAAAAAAUCAUAUUCUCCAAACAGAACUGAAGCCAACAGGGACUGGCGUAACCUACAUUUCAAUUUCUGUUUGAACGUUGGCUAUAAUUUGUGUUUUGGGAAAUUGUGCACCGCUGGUCCAUGAUCCGAGUAAUGGCAGAGGAGUGAGGCACCUUUGCCAAAAUGCCUGUUAACUGGAAUAUAACUUUUUCACGGCGGUCCUAUGGAAUAUAGUCCGAUUUUACACAAUCUACAUGUUGUGCCAUCAUCCCACGUGAAAAACAAACUAUUUGUGUUCUGCAUAAUGCUGUCCCUUUGGGUGUAUAUGAUUUAUUGUUGUGUUGGCUACUGCUCAACUGUGCCUAACCUGACGUACGGCUCGGUAAACAGACACGAAAACGAUUCAGAAAUUGACAAUCAGGAGUCCUCUCUCGGGGCUUCCAGGGACUUGCUAAACAACGAAAACGAUUUGGACAGCAGAGGAGAUGAGUGGGAUGAAAUUAGAGGCGAGGCGAAGGCGUUGGAUGAUAAUGCCAUGUCAGGUUUCCUCAAUGAGUCGGAAAGUAAAAAGUUGCCCCAGGCGAUCAUCAUCGGGGUGAAGAAAGGAGGGACCCGGGCGCUGCUGGAGUUUCUGCGCCUUCAUCCAGACAUUAGAGCGGUGGGAGCAGAGCCGCACUUCUUCGACCGCAACUAUGACAAGGGACUGGAGUGGUACAGGGAAUUAAUGCCAAAGUCAUCAGAGGGUCAGUUGACCAUGGAGAAGACCCCCAGCUACUAUGUCACCAAGGAGGUCCCUGCAAGAAUCUACACCAUGUCUAGAGACACAAAGCUGAUUGUCGUGGUCCGGGAUCCUGUCACCCGGGCUAUCUCAGACUACACCCAGACUCGCUCCAAGAAGCCGGACAUCCCGUCUUUCGAGAGCCUGACCUUUAAGAACAUUUCAGCGGGUCUAAUUGACACCACAUGGAGCGCCGUUCAAAUUGGCAUGUAUGCAAAGCACCUUGAGCGCUGGCUCCAGUACUUUCCAACUGAGCAGCUGCUGUUUGUCAGCGGAGAGCGUCUGAUCAGUGACCCUGCAGGUGAGAUGGCUCUCGUCCAGGACUUUCUUGGACUCAGGAGGGUGGUAACGGAGAAGCAUUUCCACUUUAACCCAGCAAAGGGCUUCCCCUGCCUUAAGAGACCUGAGGGGAACAGCAAGCCGCACUGCCUGGGGAAAACCAAAGGCAGGACCCAUCCUAAUAUCAACCCAGAGGUUGUCCAGAGGCUAAGAGACUUUUAUAAACCCUACAAUAGAAAGUUUUACCGUAUGACUGGUCAUGACUUUGACUGGGACUGAGAGGGAAACUAUGAUGACAGACUCCUGCUGGUCCCUUGUCUGUGUUUCAUUCUGGUGUGUGUACAGUAUUUGGUGGAUGUGUAAAAAGUUCAGAAGUCUAUUUUAUGAUAAUUUAUUGGUAUGAUAUUAAAUCACUUAGCUGCCUAACCAGGUUUAUUCAUGCCCCAACAAACAUUUCAUGAUCAAGUUUUAAUGAUUUUUCGAGUACAUUAACAUCAUUCUAAAAGCACAAUGUUUUACGGGUAUAAUGCGUAAGGUUGGCAUCCUUUCUUUUUACAGAAUAACACUUUUUUUUGGCUUCGUAGCCAACUUUUUUUUUUACUUUUCCGAAUGCUGCUUUUGCUUCACCUUAAGCUGAACGAGAUCUAACUUUACAAACAACUGGUAAUAUCCCCUUAACAUUUGCCUGACCCUCAGAGGUCUGUGGACCCACUUAGUCAGGUCGAUACAGACCUCAGCUGAUCCAGUGCCACUUGCCAGGUGGAUCAAUACAGUAAUAGCUUCUCAUCAUGUCAAUUAGACCUGAGUGAUGGCACAGGCUUCAUCUCUCCACAGCGCAAUAAGACAUGGACCCAUUAAUGAUAAUACAUUUAUGGUUGACCCUUGAGCCAACUUCAAAUUAAUAUAAUAAUAUACAUUUCCAAUGCAAUGUUCUGACUCAACCAUUAUUUAUAUGGUUCCUACAAAGGAAUGUUUUCAGAGGUUUUGAACCAAAAAUCUGUUACACGGGCUUCAUUAUGCCUAGUCAUGUAUUGCUUUUUCAAAAAAUAAAAAAGAUUCAUAUGGUUUAAUCACAUUCAUUGAUCUGUACUGAAAUGGCUCUCAUGGAUCAUCCUGCAGAGAUUUUAUUAUUUUUAACCACAGGUGAUACUUGUGAUGUGUUAAUGAUGCCCUUACCCAUGAUGCACCAGCUAAAAUAAGCAUCUUUGUAUUUUACUUUCAAUAGCUAAAGAUGAGUAAAUUAACCUUACCUCGUUUAAAUGUCAUGGUUGAGUUUUAUUCAAUCUUUAUAGAAAUACAUUUGUCAGCAUUUUAACAGGCGUCAUUUGUGUAAUGAUGUACUGCAACCCCGCUGCACUACUUAGCUGUAUGCAUUGCUAUACAAACUUUAAAUGAAGCAGGUUUGAUUGAGAAAUUGAUUAAAAGGUGAGGUGAUGUCAUUUUUAUGAAGUAAGAAAUAAACAUGUUUUAGCAAAACCA